GCUUUCUCUCCUAGUAAGUAGCGGCACCGCAUGCGGGAUCGGGGAUUCUACUUGUUUCAGCUGGCUUUAUAUUUAUAUAUAUAUAUACCAUUCUUCUUCAAAUCUCCCAAUUGAUUUCGCUUAGCGCCUCCGAUUAAAUCUAUACCCCCAAUUGCUACUAAACCCUAGCGUCUUUUAUUAAUUUUGUCUUUCUGAUUUCCGUAAUUUGAAGUAAAUAAGGUUGUGAAUGGUGGAAAUUUCACAUAAUUUCAUGCGAUUUUCCCCCUUCAUCUCUUCAAGGGGGGUCUUUGUUCAUCCUGUCUGUUCUGUUUCUGCAAUUGCUUCCUGUUCGUGUAUGAAAGGCUGGUACUACCGCUGCCUUGGAGUCGAUCCUUAAUUCAUCUCCUGGAAAUUCAUCUGAUUGAAAACAAAAAUUUUGAGUUAUAUUAAUCAAAGAUGUUGUUAAACAAGCAGAAGAAGGCUCAGAAUUCCAAGGGAAACCGUAUGUUGGUAACUAUCAAUGUUAUCGGAAGUUCGGGACCGUUAAGGUUUGUGGUGAAUGAAGAACAGCUUGUUGCUUCUGUCAUCGAUAUGGCCUUGAAAUCCUAUGCUCGUGAAGGUCGUCAACCUGUUCUGGGAUUCAAUCUCAAUGAUUUUCUUCUCUAUUGCCCUGCUUCCGGAACUGAUGCUUUAAGUCCAUUUGAGACAAUCGGAGGAGCCUAUGGUGCUCGCAAUUUUCUACUCUGCAAGAAACCACAACCUGAAAAAACUGAAACUGAGUGUACUACUAAAAUUCCAAGAAGGGGUCGACAUGGAAGCUUCAAGUCAUGGAUCAACAAGACCCUCAACCGGAAAGUUUCCUCGUAUUGAGUUUAUGAUUUUUAUGUUGCUCAUUGUUUAAAUGGUGAUCUUCUGCCAUAGUCAUAAAUACUCUUCCGUUUUUCUCAUUCUGUACUACUUUCCAUAGUAAUUUGUCCCACGAUUUUACAUUCUUUCCUUUCUUAACAAUGGUCUUACUUUUAUUCUUUUAAUUUCAUUCACAUACCUAUUUUGCACUAAGUGGAAAAUCAUAGUAAUGAGAGUGAGUGGAAGUAUUUAUCAUUAUACUAUUGUCAUAAGUUUUAGUAUCAUUACUCCAUUGGUUUUUGUUUUUUUUUUUUAAUAUUGUGACAAUUAUAGAAAAUUUUUGAUGAAUUAAUACUUUGUUGAAACAAUUUUAUUGCUUUACGUACAUCUUAAGCUUUAAAGAAUAUUUUGCUAAUAUUUCUAACUAUCAGUUUCUAAUCACUAUUAUUAGGCGGGAAUGGCAUAUGACACUUUACUGUUUGAAUUUAUUGUAUAAGUAUUGGUUAUUAUAUUUUUUUGUAACAAAGUUUUGAUUAUUAUUUUGAUUGUA